UCCCAAACCGUGUCAAUGCACCGCAUUAGCCGUUCGAUGCAACGACCUACGUCCCAUGCGCCAUAUUGUAGAUUUAGGUUCCGGAGACGGCUUGGAUGGCCUCGGCCACCGAAUGCUAAAGCCAGGACUUGCAUUGCUCUCUCACUCACCUCACUUGCCUCAUUUGGUAAAUCAUCGGCCCCUCGCCCUCUCUCGGUCUCGCACUCUAUCGAAUACUCCGCGUUCGCUUUAAUGGACGACCUCCCACCGCCGGAGCUGCCUUCCAAUGGCGGCGUCGCCGCGGCUCCACCGCUCGAGGCUCCGGAUGCUCCGAUGCCGGGAACCAAGCGGCAGCGUCGCCCCAGUGUGCGCCUCGGGGAGAUAGGCGACCUGCCCGCUGCUAUCCCCUCCGAGCCCCACCUCCGCCGCUCCAAGCACUGGAAUCUCUCCGCCCACGGGGAUAACGCCAAGCCCCGUGUUUACCACCAUCCUUCCGCCCACAGGCAGCCCUCCAAGACCCGCCAUCUCACCACCCUGGCACCUCGCGGGGACGGUGCGUCGGAUGCGCUCCCUCCUCCGCCACCGCCGAAUCUUACUGACGAUGGGACACUCCUCUCCGUCGACGAGAACCUUGACCCGCUCAGCGCUGGAGUGAAAAGAGUCAGCCGCGAUCCGAAGCCGUGGCGCGGCGCGAGGCGGGUUCGAUCCAGCUGGGCCUCGAAGGAAGAGGAGGGAGUGGAAGGCGCCGACUUCAAAACCGUCGGCGGAGAGGAUGCCGCAGAUGACGGAUUACCAGAACCGACUGGGAGUCCGUCGGAGAGGAACGACAGGAGGACGGCUGGGGUUAGGGUUAGGGUUUCCGAGAGUAGGGACGUCGGGACUGAUGCAUUGGCGGAUGCCCCCUCGGAUACGGAUGGAGGAGAUUGGUUUGAUCGGGACGGACAUUGGCGAUCUGGGGAGGAUGGCGGGGUGCGGUCCUGGCUCGAGGGAUUGGGACUGGGCAGAUAUGCACCUGUUUUCGAGAUACACGAAGUUGAUGACGAAGUGCUGCCGCUGCUAACGUUGGACGAUCUGAAAGACAUGGGGAUCAAUGCGGUAGGCUCCAGGAGGAAGAUGUUCUGUAGCAUCCAGAGGUUAAGGAAGAACAUGGAUUCCUAAAGUGAACCCAAAGUUUGUUCAACAUCAGGACAAAGCAUCCGAUACCCAUCUUCGCAGUCUAAAUACUUUUGGUGAACUCUAACUUACAUCAAUUUGCUUACAAUCUUUCUCAGAAUUAUAAUGCCCCGCAUGUUGUAAGCCAUAUAUUUCCUGGACCAUUGUAUACUUCAUGUUGCUUUCUUUCAGAAAUACUAUGAGAGAUGCCUUCUAAUCUAACUAUUUGAAAUUCUAUAUUAUGUAGUUUUCUUACAAAGAGCAUCCUUGAAAUAUUGUCAUUUCCCCAUGAGAAAAUUAAGCAUAAGACUUAUCAAUUACUUCAACCCAUGUGUUUUCUACCUCACGUGUUUUUGAUAAAGGCAUUGCAGAUCAUCUUAUGGAAUAAUGGUGGCCAAUCCACAGCUUAUGGUCGUUAUUAACAUUUGGUGGAAAGCGUGAUUGGCCCUUACCUUCAUAUGCGUCUACAAUGCAUUGGCUUUGUUGGUCAAUGCACAAUUACGUCAACUUGCUUAAGAUUAAUGCCAUCUUUGGGUCAAAUCCAAGAUUUUGAAAUUUCCUUCCUAGUCUGGGUUUCGGUUCCUAACCAGAACAAAACGGUAUUUAAUACUGUGCUCUUGGUGCCAACCUGCGGCGCCAGUGGCACCAAUAAGCAAGAGUAAGGAGGCAGCAGAAUUGAGAAGUAGGCAAGGGCAAGCAGCAGCAGAAGAAAAGAAAAUUUUGGCUCAUGGAAGAAGGAAGCGAAAGAAGAGUAUUAGUUGUGACUCAGGGAAGAAGAAAGAAAAGGAGUCGCCGCAGCUAAUGAAAUACCAGUGGUGCUGAAUGAAGGGGCAGGGCACUAGGAUUUAGCCAUGAGCCUUAUCUUAACUGCUCAAAACUCGCCUAGCUGCAGUCGCGUAGAAGAAAAUUGCUAGAAAGACCAAGCAGCAAUGACUUGCCUUGCGGAGUGGCAAUUGUUUUAGAUCUUUGUGCAAAUCAAUAUUUCAUUGUUGGAUAUAUUUUAUUCUGAUUGUUUUCCUUAACUGCCAGUAGGGUUUUAAUAUUGGAGCUGGCUGAUAAGGAUUGACAUCUUAGAAGAAUGUCUCCUAAUUAUUCAUGUCCUUAGUGGCCUUAUUGUUAGUGCAUACUACAACUGAAGAUUAGAGACUGCAUCGGUUAUGGACCUAUCCACUGGUCCAACUGCACAUCUAUUAAGAUCUUUGUAAGUUGGAACUGAACUUUGUGAGUUUAAGAUUGUUCUGCAAGAUGUAGACAGAUAUGUGUCUUAUGCUUAACCAUUUGUAAAUGAUUAGAAUUUUUGAUUUUGUUGAAAUCAAA